AAAUGGAUCUCAAUUUUGUCAUUCUGUUUUACUUUCAAUGAAAACUUACUUUUGGUUAUACUUAUGUAUGAUUCAUUUAUUCAUUUAAUUCAAAAACGUCACAAUCCCUUUUUUUUAUUACACAUGAAAUGAGCUCAACGUACAAGGACAACCAUCCGUACCACCACCACCCUCACCAUCACCAUCACCAUCCAAAGAGAGAACCCAAUGAAAACAACUCCGGAAUCUUAUACACUCCCUCACCUUCACCGUCACCGCCAACUUUAAAAGUCAACAAAGACUCUCACGUUAUUAAAAAACCACCGUCUCCGUCUUCUUUCUCCUCCGCGGCUAAGCCUCGUCACCCGGUGAUCAUUUACACACACACUCCAAGAAUCAUACACACUAAUCCUAAAGAUUUCAUGGCUCUUGUUCAAAAACUCACCGGAAUGACCCACUCCGACGAAGAUCUCGGCGGUGGUAACGCAAUGACCGAUCCCGGGGUGGUAAAAUCAAUCAACCGAACCGUCUCUGAACCAACCGUCGACAGAAAAAACAACCGCAAUCGCUGCGGCGGCGGUAAUAAUUACCUUAGAAACUACUCCGGUGCCGGAAACGGAAAGGGGAUAUUUUUUAAUAACACGAUGAUAAGUGAAGAUAGUGAAUCGUCGUCGGUGAUAACAACUGAGGAGAACAUCGGAGAACAUGGACAGGUUAAUUCUUCUCUUCCGUAUUCAGCGGUGGCUAUUCCUCCACAGCCACCGCCUCAUCCUCCUCCACCUCCGCCGCCACCGUCUAUGUACGACGCUGCGGGGAUAAACUACGGUGCUUAUUUACCGACAUUUCCGAUUUUCCCGCCGGCGAAUCCAGCUGAUAAUUUCUUAUGCGGUAAUCAACCGUUUGCGAAUUUUGAUGAUCCGCUUUUCUUCGCGCCUAAUAUGAGAAGCUCUUUCUCUUCUUCUUCAUCUUCUGGCUUCGAUGGCUUGACGGAGUUUCGCGAUUUUUAAGUUAUCCGGCGUAAAUUAUUUCCGGUUUUGGAAAAAUAAUUUGUUUUUUCUUCAUUGGAGGAGGUCUUCAAAGGGACUAAUAAUUUUUGAAAUUAGUUAAUAGUUAUUUUUCCUUUAGUUAAUUACUUUAUAUACUCGAAACAAUUUUUCUGUGAUCAUCUUUUUUAUUUCAAAAAUUCAUUAUUUUUGUAAAAUUUUAUUGAAUUC